GCCCACCUUUUGUCCACACGUGAUUAAUGCAAAAGCUGUUGACGUAUGAAUCGAGGUGUUCCUCAAGUGUCCGAUAAACUGACCAUUCACUGGAACCACCUCAGCUGGUCAAGAUGCAGCAAUCCUUAGUGAACCUCUUCUUUUCGUUUGUGUGUGGUGUAACAGUUGUUUCUGCAUUUCAUCUCCAAAGUGAUCCGUCCCAAAUCGCCAGAGUUUGUACGGGAAGAAUCAAUCAGAUAUGUCAGUCGGCGGGCAUGAGAUGUCGGGCAAACCAGGCCUUCGAUGCCGACAUUCCUCAUGCGGUCUGUGAUAGGCUGAACGGCAGGACACGUGGUGUCAGACCGGCCGCCCUGUUAGCCAGGCAAGGGAGAAUGCGACAGCAACGUAUGGGAGGUCAGUUCGGGGGAAUGGCUGGAAAUGUCGGACGAGUACGAGGCUUUGGAAGAGGGGCGAAUGGACUUGCCUUGAAUGGCCAGACGUUUGGUGGUCGCUUAGGACGUGGAAUGGGGAACGGACUGGCUGGAGGACUCGGCGGAGGGAUGACCGGAGGGAUGACCAGAGGGAUGAACGGAGGGAAUGAACGGAGGGCUGACCGGAGGGCUAGGUAUGAGGGGUGGUAUGGGAAUGAAUGGACUUGACCAGUUUGAAUUCGGAGGACAAGAUAUUGGCACGGGACUUGGAUUUGGCAAUGGCGCGGGACAGUUUGGAGGAACCUUAAACACUGGUAUAGGACGUCGUCAACAGUUCACAAGGGGCUUAAACAAUGGAUUUGGAGGAACCGGAAGCAAUGGAGUCGGAGGAACCAUCAUCAACCGCCAAAUAAGCGCUGGUGGUGCAGGGUUGAAUAGCGGAUUCGAUGGACUGAAUGGUUUAAAUGGUGGGUUGAAUGACGGGUUGAAUGGCGCCUUAGGCACCGGUGGAUUAAACGGGGGAUUAUCCAGUGGAUUAGGAGCUGGUGGAGCCAUAGGAAGUCAGCAAAUCACAAGUUCAUUUCAAAAUUCCGGACUUGGUGGACGUCAGUUAGGAGGUUCACAGCUGGGUACUGGACUUAACUUAGGAGUGGGAGGACAGACAGAACUCGGCGGAAGUCAACAAUUUAACAGCGGAGUUGGAAGCAAUGCCAACCAAUGGAUCUAGGAAAUCAUAUCAACAUAUUCAUCAUUUCGUCAUCUUUUAACAUCUUUUCAUUUCUACCACAGACAAACGAGACUUAAAAUACGUGUCGGCGUAUAAGAAGGGAGAUAACUCUAUCAAGCUUGUAGCAUUAUACAGAAGCGUCUCAUUUUGUAAUCGAAGCAAAAGACACGAUGAACUAUAUCUUCAGAUGUCUCGGACUAAGAAAUGUACAUGCAUAAUUAAUAAUUUUAAAAAUUCCCUUUUUUUAAUUGAUUUUUCUUGAUUAAUCGCUGAUCAACUGCAAUAUACCGUCAGAGGUACAUCGUUGAAGUAUAUUUGAUGCUGAAGCUCGACACAUCAAACAUGUUUUGUAAAUAGUAUGUAUAGUGUUAAGUGUAAAUGUACAUCAAUGCCCCAUGUACAAUACCUACGAUACCUACCUCAGAUUAGUACCAUAUUGUGUAUAUAAUAAUUGUCUGUUGUAUUGACGUAUGUUCACGAAACAUUAGGAUAUUUCUAAUGACAAUUCACAAUAGACAUUGUGGUAUGCUUAUAUAUGAUUGGACGUUACGUCACAGUCUUGUUUGUGUUUUAAUGUAAUUGAUUUGUACUAUACCGAUAAAUUUACUAUGUUACUAUGUACAUAAGACGGUAACUUGUAACAUGUUGUUAUUGUAAGCCAUGCUUGUAGUUUAGUUUAUUUGAUAUGAAAUUUGUACAGUUUGAAUACGUGUUGAUUUGUUUAUUGACGACGACUGAUGUACGCGCCAAAAUAAGCGUUAAUAAUUACAGUAUUAAGUACAUUGAAAUCACCAGGAAUCUGACAUCUUAAUAAACAUUCUACAACCUC